GGCUGCUCAGGCCAGCUGAGGAGCAAGAAGGGAAGGGGGUGGGCCCCCAAGCAGCUGGGACCCCUCAGGCCAUGUGGGACUGGCCAGCCCCUGCCAGCUAGGCAGCUGCAGUGUAUCCACAGGCUGGGGCCUCGGGCUGUGCGGCCCUGGGGGGAGGCUGGGGCGCCCCACCUCUUCCACAUGGGCAGACGAGCUGUGGUUGGUAUACUUGCCUGCUGUCCACACUGCUCCUGGUCCAGCCUUUAUGUGGCCGAGGGUACCUUUCUAAACCCUUGUGGGCGCCUGCUGGGUCCUGCAUCCUCAGAUCUGGGUCCUGGAGGUUACCAGAGAGCAGAACGCACUGCUGUCCUCCAGGAGCGGCCCCCGUCGCACCACAGAUGUGAGUGAGUUGUCCGGUUGGGGGCUGCGUGCAGGGUGGCUGGACAAGAAUGGGGAGUGGGACUGGGCAGGGGUCCCACCUGGGCAGCACGGCCGAGGGGGCUGGUACUGUGGUACGCUUGGCUGUUGGAGAAGCAGGUGAACACAGCAGGUGUUAGGGCAGGGUGGGGGCCUGCAGGGCAGAGAACGUGCAGCACUGCUACACGCUGAGAAAGGUGGCAGAGCACAGGCUGCAGUGACUUCAGUGGGGUGUGUGGACAGCAUCAGGAUAGAGGGUUUAGGAGGGGUUGAAAGUGUGGGUACCCCAUGGGAUCUGGGGUACAGCGUCCUGCCCUCAGCCAGCAAUACCUGGGGAGGUCCCUGAAGCGGCGCUGAGCUCAGGCAGGGGUCCUGGUUCAGUCUCGCGCUCAUACUCCUGACAUCUCCCCCUGCCAAAGCCCAGGGUUCUGCGGCCCAGGCCUCCCUGUAGCAGCAGCUCCUAGCCUGGACUGCAGGCUGCGCCACCAUGACUCACUCCCCAGGCCUGUCCCCACCACACCCUCCACCCCUGCAGAAGGCCCCUCACUUCCCAGGUCCCAGGCUGGAGCAGAGCAGAGAGGGGCCCCCUGGUUCCUUAACAGACCUGGAGCACCAGGUCCUGAGGUCACAGUGGGGAGCAGUGACUAGCCCAGCCACCUGCACCUUUAGAGGCCCUGGGAGGGAGCAGGGGCAUCCCACCUCAGGUUUUAUACCAGCCAUCCUCAGACAUCCAGUCAUCCCACUGGCAUUAGCUGAGCGCUUAUGUGAUGAGGGGUGCUGAGCAUGCAGUGGGGAGACCUCACCCUCCUGGUUGUGGAGGGAGCUUCCCAGAGGAAGGCCAUUUUAGGGGUGCAAGGCGGAAGGCACUGUAUGUGUGUGCCUGAGUGUGAGUGAGGAUGAAGUGGAUGGGUGUGCAAACACGUGUAUAAUUGUGUGUAUGUGUGUGUGAGAGGAAGGAGUCCAGACGUGACCAGCUCUGAGGCGGGCAGGAGCAGGUCAGGAGUCCCUGAGGACCCAUGAGGAUACAGGUUUUGUCCUGAGAGCUCCACGCAGCUUGGAACCAAACCCAGUGGCCUGUGACCCCACCUGGGGGUGCCUGCAGGAGGGGAAAUGGGGGUAGGAGGCUGGGAGGGGAACCUGGCCACUAGCUGGUGUCUAUACCGUGUGGGAGGCUGUGGUGUGCUCUGCAGCUGCUGGGGGAAGGUGGAUGUGGCAGAGGGUCCCCAGGCCUGGAGUCUGGACUCUGGGCACCUGGGGUGGAGGUGGGGGGUGCACACCUCCCACUGGCCAGGCGGUCCAGGCAGCACACAGCUGGGGCAUCCAGGGCGGGGGCCUGGGGAGCGAGGGAUGUGAAAGACAACCCACAGAACCACUACACAGCUGACAAGGGGGAGACUUCGUGGGCAGCCUGAGGCCAGGCUGUGAGGGGGGUCACUGUCUUGGCAGGCCUGGGGUCAGUGGAGGUGGACAGAAAUCAAAUUUCCUCUGGGCAAACAGCCCUGGGGCCUGAGCAAGGCAAAUGCUGCAGCCCCACUCUCUGAGUAAGCUCUGUCCCCCACAGGGCACUUCAGCGGGUGGGUGGACAAGUCGCAGGAGGGAGACCUUAGCCUGAGAGCCCACAGAGGCGGGUGGGUUGCAGGAGCAGGCUCUGGUCCCUGAUCUAAGGCCUCAGUCUCCCAGGGCUGAGUGUGCCUUGGGCUACUCGCAGGUGCUCACAUGCAGAGGGGGGACCACCCGAUGCCAGGCACAUGCAGGAAUCCGAGCCCACAGGAAGGGGAAGAGAUUGCCUGAGAUGCCAAGUUUCCCAGGGAAGGGUUCCACCAGUCCUCUUGAUGAGCAGAGCACUCGGGGGGAGGGGCGCAGCCCAGCAACCCCACCUCAGCCAAAGGAAGUCCACCCACUGUGAGAGUGGGCACAUGGGAGGAAGCUGGGCCAGGCAUGGGAAGGAAAUGGCUGGGCAGGCCCUGACCUCACUGUACUACGGGAGGAGGCACUGGGCAUCUCUGGUUCUCAGACCACCACCCUCUCAGGAUCUUUGUUCAGGCCCAGGGGUGAAAGGGGCUUGAAGGGGGGAGAGCCCAGCUGCCCAUCCCUGCAGAAGCCACUCCAUUGGUGCCAGAACCAGGUGUGCAGGGCCCAGCUCACCCCAGCAUAGGCAUCCUGAGGCCCGCUGGAGCCCUCGGUGUCCUCCCGAUAGGGUGCCUCCUUGGGCAACUCUUGGUGAAGAUGGCCCCAGCCCCCUUCAUGGGGAGCCCCGAUGUGUGCCCUGCACACUGGCGGUCACCUCUCCCUCUCCCGACCCCACACCCUUUACUGAACACUUCCAGGCCUGUUCCCCUCCCCCAACCUUGACACACAGGUGGACCUGGGCCCCUUCCCCCCAAGCCUCAUCCUGGAUCCCACUUGAGUGGCCCCUACCCGCACUGGCUCUAACAUGUAGCUUUGGGUGACAUUCCCUCUGAACAAAGGUCCCAGCAAAUGCCAGGGUCUUGUUCCCUGAGGGGCCAGCACCCUCAUACACCCUUCUCUCCUGCUGGCCCAGCUUAGGACCAAGCCCUCACUGGCAGCUUCCCAGCAGCACUGGACAGCCAUGGGCCUGGCCUUCGCCUCCCGAUGCCCCACCUCUGUGUUGGGUUCCUUCUUGGACCUCACAGCCCCAGGACAGGUCACCAGCAAAAGUCCCCGCUCUGUGCUUGAAGCCUCUAGACACAGAGAAAUACGUUCCAGGUGGGACAAGACAGGGAGAGAGAACUUGGAGUGAUGGGGUAGGAAACCAUGUUAAAUAAGAGUUUUGUUUUGUUUUAAUUCAACUGUUGUUUACAGAGAAGCUGUGAAGAGACCAGGGAGAGCUCUCAUUCACCCCCAAACCCAGUUCCCCUGUGGCGUGCUUGUCACAAUCGGUACCCCAGUAUUGAUACAUUUCCAUUAACCAAAGAUUGCUCACUUUCACCUGUGUCCUUUUGCUGUCCCAAGGUCCCCGGGGGCGGGGGCGGGGCUGUCCUUAUGUCUCCUUGGCCCCUCUUGGGGGUGACUCCCUCAGACUUCCCUAGUUUCUGAUGCCCUUGGCAUUUUGAAGGUCAGGUAGUUUGUAAAAGCCCCUCCUGGAACUUGUCUCAACAUAUGUCAUAAUUGCCUGGGGUAAGGGUUUGGGAAGAAGGCUUCAGGGGCAGCAAGGUCUGUGCUCUCAACUCGGCUCCUCUCUGCGGGUGGGGACCUCAGCCUCCUGCCUGAGGUGAUGUCUGUCAAGUUGUACUCCUCCCUCCCUCCCUCCUUGCUGUGCUCUCUGGAAGAACACCCUCCUUGAGGUCACAGUGGCUACAUGAAUUACUUGGAAUUCCCUUCUCCCCCAUGUAGUUAUUGGAUCAUUUGUAUCAGUGGGGAGAUGCAUGUAUUUCUUACCUGGGGCUAUAAUCUAUAAACCAAUCUAUAACAGUACUUUAUUGCCCAAAUUGAUCCAGCUUCGCAUAUGAGGGGCUGCUUGCCUCAGCUCCAUGUUGUGUCCCUUUGACACGCCUCCAUCAGUGAGGGUGUGUGUGCCUGUGUGUUAGCACUUCCUUCCUCUCUGGCACCAAGAGAUGCUCCAGGUGCGUUUCCUGCCACCGCCCUGGAGCCGUGCUUCUCCACAAGCCCAGUUUCCUUUAUUGGAGAGUGGGACCAAGGUGUGUUCAUUGCUACCGGGUGUUUUUUUCCAUUUAGGUCCUUUCAACUGACAGGCAAGGGACUACAACACCGGGUAUAUGCAUGUGUCUAUCACAUUCUCUAAGAAACCAUUCGUGUCCAUAUUGAGCUGCAGGUCGCAUCCCCCGCCCCUAUGACAAACAUGAGCUGGAGCUUCCUGACGCGGCUGCUGGAAGAGAUCCACAACCACUCCACGUUCGUGGGCAAGGUGUGGCUCACGGUGUUGGUGGUCUUCCGUAUCGUGCUCACGGCCGUGGGCGGCGAAUCCAUCUACUCGGACGAGCAGACCAAGUUCACGUGCAACACGCGGCAGCCGGGCUGCGACAACGUCUGUUACGACGCCUUCGCCCCCCUGUCCCACGUGCGCUUCUGGGUCUUCCAGAUUGUGGUCAUCUCCACGCCCUCCGUCAUGUACCUGGGCUACGCCGUGCACCGCCUGGCCCGCGCCUCGCAGGACGAGCGCCGCCGCGCCUCUCGCCGCCGCCCUGGCCGCCGCGCGCCCCGCACACCCCUGCCGUUGCCCCCGCCGCCCCACCCGGGCUGGCCCGAGCCCGCCGAGCUGGGCGAGGAGGAGCCCAUGCUUGGCCUGGGUGAAGAGGACGAGGAGCCGGGGGCGGCUGAGGGCCCGGGCGAGGAUGAUGAGGCUGAGGACGCCGGCGCGGCCAAGGGCGCAGGAGGGGAUGCCAAGGCGGCUGGGGUCCCGGGCCCGGCCGGGCAGCAUGACGGGCGGCGGCGCAUCCAGCGCGAGGGCCUGAUGCGCGUGUACGUUGCCCAGCUGGUGGCGCGGGCCGCCUUCGAGGUGGCCUUCCUGGUGGGCCAGUACCUGCUGUAUGGUUUCGAGGUGCGGCCCUUCUUCGCGUGCAGCCGCCAGCCCUGCCCGCACGUGGUCGACUGCUUCGUGUCCCGGCCCACCGAGAAGACCGUCUUCCUGCUGGUCAUGUACGUGGUCAGCUGCCUCUGCCUGCUGCUCAACCUCUGCGAGAUGGCGCACCUGGGCCUGGGCAACGCGCAAGACGCUGUGCGUAGCCGCCCCCCGCCCCCCGCCCCCGGCCCGGUGCCUCGCCCGCCGCCCUGCGCGCUCCCAGUUGCGCCUUCGGGCCUGGCCUGCCCCCCUGACUACAGCCUGGUGGUGCGCGCGGCUGAGCGCCCACGCACCCACGACCAGGACCUGGCCAGCCUGGCCCUGCAGGCGCUGCAGGAUCGGCGGGCGCUUGGGGACCUCGACAGCCCACCCGGCCCUGACCUCCCAGCGACAGCCCGGGGGCCCCCGAGGCCCGGCGCCCCUGCCUCCGGGUCCGGUAGUGCCACCUCGGGUGGUACUGCUGGGGGCCAGGGCCGGCCGGCGGCCAAACCCAGGAUGGGCUCGGAGAAGGGCAGUGCCAGCAGCAGCAGGGAGGGUAAGACCACAGUGUGGAUCUGAGGCUUCGCCUUGGUGGCUCUCCCUCCUCCCUCCUCACCAGGGCCAAGGUGGGGGGCUCUGGGGGAAGUCUAGGGGCUGGGCACUGCAUAAGAGGCGGAGGACAACCUGCCCUCCUCCUCCUUCUCCUCAGCUGGCUGCCCUCCCUCUCUUGAGGGGGCAGAGGGCACCAGACCACCCUGUAUCAUUGCCCUUCCCUGCCUAAGCCCCAUCUUUGUCCAGGGUAGGGUGGGGAUGGUAGGCCUGGAAACCAGGAAAUGUCCCCAGCUUUGAUCCAGAAGCCCUGAUGGAUAGGUGGGACUGUGGCUGGGGCACUGCCCCCAUCCCAGAGCCACCCAGCUGGCCACCUCAGAACAAGGGGGCCCUCCAGAUGGGAGCUCUACCCCCUCCUGCCCUGCUGCCCUGCCGUAGCCCAUGCGUGAUUGCCCAGGGGUGUCUGGCCUGGGUGUUGAGGAGUACUGCGCUGGUCCCCACUCCCUGCCCAGCAAAUGGGGCUCUUUUCCUAGCACCCACGCUCUUCUAGCCCACGUUCUGGUUCUUGCAGAGCUGGAAGCAAUGCCAGGUCUUCCUUGUGCAGAAGGGAAAACAGAGACCACGGUGGGCAGAGGCCCCUGCGCCCAGCCCUCCUGCCUCACCCCCACUAGGCCCCAAGCAAGAACUGCCUCGAGUACCAGGUGGACCUGCCCCCUGCUUCCUGUUCCCUGCCCAGAUAGAUCUGGGGCUGAGGUCCUGCAAGGGCCUGGGGUGGGACCAUGGGAAUGGGACCAUGCCCUCUCCAACAUCUGUGCUGGCCUGGUGUGGCCCCUUCCUUGGGGACAUACUUGAAGUUCCAAAAAGACAUCGGCUCCCCUCGCCACUCAGACCAACAGGGUGGUGGUCAGGGGCUAUGGCUCUGGCCAUGCUGCGGGGAGGGGCUCUGAGUCGCCCGCCACAGCCUCUUCUCUCCAGCCCCUCUCUCCAAUCAG